GGCCCUGCCCUUCGGGCCAUGUUCCCUGGGCCCUCUGGACCAAAGCCACUCCGUGUCGGAGCUGUGAGCUUCUGGAGCUGAGGAGGCAGGCAGGUGAGCCCCUCCCCCGCGCGAGAGAGAGCUGAAGGGGAGCGCCGGCGGGGACUUGGGCUCAGUGCGAGUCUAGAAGGUGGGGACCCAGAAGCCGCUGCGCUGCCGCCUGGAGGCAGAAGGGUGACUGCCUGGUUGAAGGAUGGGGAGCUGGAACGUGGCUUCCAGUGUCAGGCUCGGUCUCCGCUGGAGGAUGUUGAUGGAAGAAAGGAGGGAACCUUCAAAUCCCGGUUCUGUCUCAGACUCCAGGCCCGGUCUCAUGGAUGCGCUCUGUGAAGCAAAUGGCACCUUCGCCCUCCGCCUCUUAAAGGCCCUGUGUGAAGACGACCCUUCAGGCAACGUGUUUUUUUCUCCCGUGAGCCUCUCCUCGGUCCUGGCCAUGGUCCUCCUGGGAGCCAAAGGGGACACUGCUGCCCAGGUGGCCCAGGUGCUUUCCUUAAACACAGAGAAAGAAUUUCACCAAGAUUUCCAGCAGCUUCUUGCUGAGCUGAACAAGCCUGACGCUCAGUACUUGCUCACGACGGCCAACAGGAUCUUUGGGGAGAAGACCUAUGAAUUUCUCUCUACCUUUAAGGAAUUGUGUCUUCGCUUCUACUACGCUGAGCUGGAGCAGCUCUCCUUUGCCGAAGCUGCAGAGCCGUCCAGGAAGCAGAUCAACGCUUGGGUCUCAAAGAAGACUGAAGGUAAGAUUCCAGAGUUGUUGCCUGCUAACUCCAUCAAUGCAGAGACCAGGCUGAUUCUGGUUAACGCUGUCUACUUCAAAGGGAGGUGGAGUGAGAAAUUCGACAAGGAGUACACCAGGGAGAUGCCUUUUAGAAUAAACCAGAAAGAGCAGAGGCCGGUGCAGAUGAUGUUUCAGGACGGGGUGUUCAGACUUGCCCGCAUCCAGGAGGUGCAGGCCCAGGUGCUGGAGCUGCCAUACGCAGACGAGGAGCUGAGCAUGCUGGUGCUGCUGCCCAACGACCACGUGCCUCUGAGCUCAGUGGAGAAACAUCUCACUUGGGAGAAGUUCCUCGCCUGGACCCAGCCUCACUCCAUGAAGAAGACCCAGGUGGAAGUCUUUCUCCCAAAGUUUAAGCUGGAGAUGACCUACGACAUGGUGUCGGUGCUCCAGGGCCUGGGGGUGCUUGAGGCCUUCCAGUCAGGCCGGGCUGACUUCUCGGCCAUGUCUCCCAGCGAAGGCCUGUGUCUGUCCGCCUUAGCCCACAAGAGCGUGGUGGAGGUGGACGAGGAGGGCACGGAGGCCGCGGCCGCCUCCGCAAUGUUGCAGGUCGACAGCUGCAUGGUGAACCAGCCCCGGUUCUGUGCCGACCACCCCUUCCUGUUCUUCAUCAGACACAACGGCUCCCGCAGCACUCUCUUCUGCGGCAGGUUCUCCUCCCCGUAGGGGCGCGCGCGCCGCGCCUGCCCGCCCUGCCCUCGCUGGGUCCCCCGGGGCCUGGGCAGCUCCGGGCCUCAGUGACCCGCCAGCACACCCGUGCUUCUCCCCCAGGCUGACUCCUGGACGGGGAUCGAGAGCCAGUAGACCUCAGUGACUGUAUGUGAGACGCAGCCUGAAUCCCGUAGGAUGGCAGGCACAGCGCUCCAUGGGCCGCGGACUCCCUUCCCGCUCGCUCCUGCGGCGUUUCUUUCCGGUGGCACCGGGUUCUCUUCCGGGUCACCUGCUUGCCUUAGCCCGUUUCAGUGUUCAGCCAGGCCGUUAGCUGUCACAGCCGUUUGAUAGGUCUCCUGGUGCUUGCGCUUUUUAGGGACGUUCCUUAGUGCGUGUUUAUUUUUUUGGCUGUGUAGCACGUGGGAUGCCAGUUUCCCGACCAGGACGGAACCCAUGACCCCUGCGGUGGAAGCUUGGCUUCCUUUCCGUUGACCUGCCUGGGAAUGCCCUCUUUAAUGCACAUCUUAUCUUUCUUUGACAUUCACUGCUCACCGUGGAUGUUGCCAACCCUGCAUCAGGCCCUGGGGAAGGAAGUGGGAGGGUGUGAACCUCUGAGUCCUGCCCCCAUGGCAGAGGUAGGCAGCUUUGAGGACUACCAGGCUGGACUAGGUCCUGCCUCUAGGUGACCAUGUGACCUCUGGGAGGAUCGCACGUUUCUACAUGUUACUGUAUUUCUCCACCUCCAACUCUAACAGGAAAAAUCACAUUCAACCCUUAAAGCUCAUUUCCAACGUCAUCUUCUUUGAGAGUUGUUUCCUUUCUUGCAUAACCAGAGGUACGUCUUUGUACCCUCACUGCCCCCUAGGAGAUGGCACGUCUCUGACGGUAGCUGUUUGUAUAUUGCCUGUCUGUGUUUUCUGGCUUUAAGGCCCUUAGGGAUGGGACUGUGUUUUACGCAUUAGGGUGCCACUUAGGUUGCAUGGAUAAGCAAUUUGAUGAUAAGCUCUGUGACUUAAAAAAAAAAGGUUAGAAAUCAGUUUUUCUAAUUGAUAAAUAAUAAAAAUGAUUUAUUAAAAAAACAAUGUAUUGUUUUUUUAAAUAAUUUUUUUAUUGAGGUGAAAUUUAUAAAACCUAAAAUUACCAUUUUAAAGUGAAUGACACACCGGUGUAUAGUCUGUUAACACUGUUGUUCAACCACCACAUUGAUCUAGUUCCAAAUAUUUUUCAUCACCCUGUAUCCACUAAGCAGUUACUCCCCAUUCCCUGCUUCUCCCAACCCAUGGCAACCACCAGCCUGCUUUCUAUCUCCAUGGAUUUACCUGUGCUGGCAAUUUCACGUAAGCUGAAUCAUGCAUGACCCUUUUUGUGCCUGGCCUCUUUCAUCUCACAUAAUGUGUAUUAAAAAUCAGGGGCAUCACUUUGCCAACAAAGGUCCGUAUAGUCAAAUCUAUGGUUUUUCCAGUGGUCAUGUACAGAUGUGAGAGUUUGGACCAUAAAGACUGGGUGCCAAAGAAUUGAUACUUUUUAACUAUGAUGUUGGAGAAGACUCUUCCGAGUCCCUUGGACUGCAAGGAGAUCAAAACAGUACAUCCUACAGAAAAUCAGUCCUGAAUAUUCAUUGGAAGGACUGAUGUUGAAGCUGAAGCUCCAAUACUUUGGCCAUCUGAUUUGAAGAGCUGAGUCAUUGGUAAAGACCCUGAUGCUGGGAAAGAUUGAGGGCAGGAGGAGAAGGGGAUGACAGAGGAUGAGAUGGUUGGUUGGCAUCACCAACUUGACGGACAUGACUUUGAGCAAGCUCCGGGAGAUGGUGAAGGACAGGGAAGCCUGGUGUGCUGCAGUCCAUGGGGUCGCAGAGUCAGACACAACUGAGUGACUGAACAACAAAAUAUGCUCAAGAAUCAUCCAUGUUAUAGCAGAUGUCAGCAUCUGACCGUUUGUAUAUGUCUUCUUUGGAGAAAAGUGUGUUCAAGUUCUUUCUUCAUUUUUUCAUUGGGCUGUUGGUCUUUUUUGUGAUUGAAUAAUAUUCUGCUGUAUGCAAAGAACACAUUUUGUUUGUCCAACCAUCC